AUGUCUUCUCCAAACUCGCCCAAGAAGGUCGUCGUGAUCGGCGCAGGUGUCGUUGGUCUGACAACCGCACUCAAGAUCCAAGAAAGAGGCGGAUACCAUGUUACCGUCAUCGCGGAGACGUUCCCCACCGAUCCCAAGAACAUCAAGUACACCAGUAUCUGGGCUGGAGCGCACCAUGUGAGCCAUGCCUGCGACGAUGCUAAACAGAUGGCGAUCGACCGGGAGACAUUCGAUGUCAUGUGGGAGCUGUCCGCCCCAGGAGGAGACGCGGAACAUUGUUUCUUCCGCAUUCCACAGACCGACUACCUGUUCGAUGGCCGCGACGAAUGCCUGGACUGGAUGCCCAACUUCAAGAAAGUCCCCCAAACCUCCCUCAUCCCCGGCGCACUCGUCGGCUCCUCCUUCACCACCGUGACCAUCGACACCCCGCCGUACCUCUCCUACCUUUUCGCGCGCUUCAUCUCCCGCGGAGGCGCGAUCGUGCGCGGCGGCGUGCAGCACAUCUCGCAGGUCAUCGAGGGCGGCCCGAACCUCUUCCGCCUCGGCAAGGCGUCGCCCGAGCCCAUCGACGCGCUCGUCGUGUGCCCCGGGCUCGGCGCGCGCACGCUCGGCGGCGUCGAGGACAACGACGUGUACCCCGUCCGGGGCCAGAUCGUGAUCAUCAGGGCGCCGUGGGUCGACUUCGGGCGCACGGCGAGCCACGCGGAGCAGGGGCUGUGGACGUAUGUCAUCCCACGGCGGUCUGGCGAUGUUAUCCUUGGGGGCACGAAGGAAGAUAAUGACUGGUACCCGGCCGCGCGCCCGGAGAUGACCACGAAUAUUCUUGAGCGCUGUCUUGCGCUUUUGCCGGAGAUUGUUCCUCCUGCGAUCCGCGCCGAGCGUCCGGGUACGAUUGAGGACCUGCGUCCGCUUAUACUGGAGGAGGGCUGCGGGUUCCGUCCUCAGCGCAAGGGCGGCGUCCGGCUGGACGUGGAGUGGGUCGAGGGGAGACCAGGUCAGGGAAAGGUGCCUAUGGUCUUCAACUACGGACACGGUGGAGGUGGCUAUCAGUCGUCGUGGGGAACGGCGACGGUUGCGCUUGACCUUUUAGAGAAGGCACUGGGCUCGUCGACGUAGUGUCGGUGCGUAACGCCCCGUGCACGAGCACGAAAGUGUAUGUACUACUAUAUGCAACGCUGAAGAGAACACACC